UGUGUUUCGCGAGGUUCAUUGAACAAGUCGUGUUAUUUUUUCGGUGAAUGGUGCGCGUGUGCUCGACACUAUCGCGCUGAUUUGUUUUUUUCAUUUCAACUUCUGUCGGAUUUAUUUUCACUCUGUUGAAUAAAUUUUUUUUGUUUAAACACUUUGUCAUUUAACCGGUAUUAGUUGUUGAUUAUUGUUUGAAUGAAAUUUGCGUCGUUUUUGCUUCGACAAAAUUCGUGUUUUUGUUUUGUGAAUAAUAUCGCUAGAAAUAAACCGAUUCUUCAUUUGAAUGUUAUUUAUUUCCUGUGGGUUUUUUUUCACUCAUUCAAUCGAUAGUGAAAUAAAAAAAAAUUGUUUUGAAUAGAAAAAAGACGUCAUUUGUUAAAUUAAAAAAAAAAGAAACAUUGUCAAACUAAUACGAAAAAUCUCACUUUUAUGCAUAUAGAAACGCACGAAAAAAAAAACCAAUCGAUUAAGAAAGAAAGUGUUAUGUGAGAGUGUUGCUAUUCAUUUAUAUCCAUUGAAUAUCAAUCGAGACUAUUUUAAUCAUUGACGAUACAACAACGAAUAAAAAAACAGACACAAAUCAUUUGACUUUGACGAUUGACGGGUCAUCAAUGGAUUUUGCUAGAGAAAACGUGAAACAGUUAGAGACAAAAAAAUAGCACGAAGUAAUAUCUUCCUUAAUCAUUGUGCGGUGCAACAAAGAGUUGAAUGAAAAUCUCUGAUCUAUACUGUCACCGGUACAAUUUUGACUUGAUAGUAAUCAGUAGCCGAACAUUAAACGCCGUCAAUAAACAACUCAGAAAGUCAAUAAAAACUUCAACGGCAUUUGAAAUACAGCAGCUAGAGUACUAGAGAGAAUACAGUGUGGUGCUUUCGUUUUGGCUCCAUCAGCUAAUUUGUGCCAGAGCAUUUCGUAAAGUGGCUGCCGAGAAAAAAACAUCGAACCAUUGAAUCGACAACAGUUUAUGCGCCGUAAAACUUGUUCCACCAAAGAUCUCAUGAAACAGAAAAAAGAAUGAAAUCAUUGGCGAAAAUCAUCUUCUGAUGAAAUGUACUUUAAAAGAUUCCAAGAACGCAUUUAGUCAAGCUAUUUUGUCGACACAUCGAUUUGUAUCUGCAGAAUUGAAAGGAAUCGAAUCAUAAAUAAUUAAUUGUUUCGAUUGAAUCGAGUUUUUGAACAAACAGAACGAACACAGGGAAAUUCAAAUAUUUGAUCCCUUGAUUAGAACGUGAACGAACGGUUUUUGUAUUUGAAAGGUUCAGCUUGUUCAUCUUUCAAAUUGUUUGCCGUAAUUUAUUGAUAAGUGUGUGCAAUUACACAGGAUGAGUUCGACAAGCGUUCAUUUCUCGCUAGCUUUAGUAUUAGCACUAGGAAGUGCGUGUUGUUGUACAGCAGCCGAGCACGUAACACAAACGCCAUCCAAUUUAGUCACGCAAACUGUUUACGGAUUUUUAGAUUUUACAACGACCAUUGGUAAUACGGUAAUGGUAUUUUCGCCGCAAAGUGCUCCGCCACCAGUACCACCAAAAGCGAUGUCGAUUACAGAGGUGCCACCAUCAUCAACGCCGGUGAUUGAGACAAAGCCCGUAACUGAAACGACCGACGAAUCCAAGGAGGAAAUUAAGCCUACAAAACCAGUAGCCAAGUCGACGAAGCAAUUGUCAAGUGUUGUUCGUGUUGUAGCAGCUAAUUUGGCCGCACCAUCGCAAAAUGCACCAUCGAAGCCGCCAUCGUCAAAGGUACAAAUUGUGUCCAGUCAUGUUGAAGUGAUUGAUGAAAGCAAAAAAUCACCCGCCAAAUCAUCGGUUGUACAUGUGGAAGCGAUCGACGGCAGCGGCGCCAAUUCACCCGCAUAUUCAGCCAUUUUGCCGAGUCGCGUGGAAGUCGUCGGCGGUGUUUCGCCAUCCGAAUCAGUCGUUGAGAUUCACACCAGCGAAGAUUUGGAUCAGCUAACUCCAGUCGAGAAUAACAUUAACGAUCCGGAAUAUGAAUUUUUGUCACGUGAACCGAGCGAACUUACUGAAGAAACGUAUCGUCUGCCAGCCAAUAACAAAAUCCCAAAUUCCAAAUACAAUCUGAAAUCACGUACCGUUCAAGAGCAUAAUAAAAAAGUGCAUCCAUCGCAAGUAGCAACACCACGUAGCGAUGACAUUCAUCCAACCGGCUUGGUUACGAAAUUGGGUGGCACGGUUGUCAACAAAGACGGUGUAACAACUGUACACGAAACAAGUGUUCUUGGCACUUACAUUUCCGGUAAAUAUGCACAAGUUUUGCAAAGUACCUCGCACAUUUACAAUGGCAAUGGCAAUGGAAAUAAGCCGAAAAUUGCACCAACCCAUUCGUUACGUGUUUUGAAAACGGCAGCACCGCACAUUCCAAAGAAGACGCAUGUCGUCGAAUCAACGUCGGCUGCUAAGCCACAACAACAGCAAACAUCUUCGGCAUCGGUUGAAAACGAAGAGGUUGACGAAAUCUAUGGAAAUUCGGCUAAACAAAAUCUCGUACGUAACUCAAGGCGUCCGGCCGUUUCGUCAAACACCUUUAAAAAUCGGUUCCGCAGCAAUCGGCCAUCGUCAUCUGCUCAAAAAGAGGACACCGAAUACACCGAUGGAUCAUCAUCAGCUUCGGUUGAAGUUACAACACCAGCCGCUGUCACUCCAUCAUCUUACAAGAAAAAUCGUAACACAAACAAAUCCCCAAAAAGUGGCCGCUUUAAUCGACCCGCAUCAGGAAGUGUUGAAGUAACCACAGUGUCGGCUGUAUUUAGUGAACCAUCAACGUCGACUGCCUAUGUAAAUCGUCGGAACAAAGCUAACCGCUUCAAGCCACAAAAUGCACCGCUGAAAGAAUCAAGCGUGCAACAACGACAACAACAGCAGCAGCAGCAGCAGCAGCAGCAGCAACAGCAACAAGACUCAAACAAUGACGGUGGCUAUACACGACGCUUCAAACCGAAAAUUCAACCCAGUGCCGUUGAACAGCAACAAGACCGAGAAACAACAUCCAGUUUUUACAAGUUCAAAUUAAACCGACAACCAGGUCGUUGGCAAUAUAAAACUUCACCAAAACCGCGAGUCACAAUCAGAAAGCAAAGCUCAGACGAUUUGCAACCGCAUGUCGAGGCUGUGACUCCAGCACAUGAAUCGCCUGUAUAUCACGCCGAUGAAGAGCAAAAUGGCGAAAGCCAAGUGCCGGACGAUGCACAAGAUCGAGUCGCGGUAGCCAAUUCACAUUCCGUCACCGACACCGACACCGAUCUCGAUUCAUCCGGAUCGGUGAACGGCGACGUUCUUGACGAUACCGAAACACUGGACAAUUCGAUUGUGAGCAAAAAAUUGCCCGUUGAAACGUUAAAAGUGGAAAUCUCAACACCAGCCGAUUUCAAAGAUAUUUACUACGAAAUUGCCACCAUAAAAUCACCAUACACUUAUCAGGUUGGAUCUGUUCGAAACACUCGAUAUGUGACCGUAACAUCGACAUUCGAGAAAACACUAGACCCUGAACCGACCGUCACCUCAUCAAUUACGGGGCCGUUAACUGAAAAUAUUCUCGCUACAACCGCACACUAUGAUCGUGACAAUAAUUUACUGGACUCAAGCAUUGCCACAUUGCCGCCGCUCAUUUUGGCAUCUGACAUUGAAACGCCACCACUUGAAACUCUUACCGAAACAUUCAGCACAACACAAACGAUGCUCAAAACACAUAUAUUGCCGGUGUUGCAUCAAGGCGGUGGCAAUGCAACCAGCUACACACUCACCCAAACAUAUUUGGUAACACGUAUCGUCACAGCCACAAAAACUCUUCCACCAAUUGACGCAUAUCAUUUCAAUCCAACGAAAGCACUAAAGGAAUUCAACAGUAAAUUGGAUGAAGCCGGUUCGGAGUUGAAUUUGGAAUUGGAUUUCGGCGAUGAUAAUGAGCAUGAUGAAGAGGAUGCGGUACGACAUGAGCUACCCGACGAUUUGGAUUUGGCCAAUAUUGGUUCAUCGUUUGAUUUAUCCGAAGUAGAUAAAUCAAACAUUCCAGAAGGUCAUUUGCGUCCAAAGAAGAAAAUUUCAAAUAAACCACCAACCGAACAAUCAGUCACUCCGUCGCUGCUUGAAAAGCAACAACAACAACAACAACAGCCGACAUCAGUAUCGUCGGAUCCGUUGAUGCAAAAUUUGAGUCCUGAGCAAUUGGCAUUGCUACGUUUUUUGAAUCCGGCUGCAGCGGCUCAAUUCCCCAGCGUAAUAACCACAUCAAAGCCGGUCAUUAAACUUGAAACCGUGUACGAAUCGCACACAAUACCCGUGUUCAACGGUUUAUCGACUACAUUUAGUACAAUAUCCCGACCUGUUGCCACCGUUAGCAAAACCGAAUACGAGAUUGGUACAUCAGUAUUGCCUCAAUUGCCAAUACCACCGCCACCAAUCAAUCCACUAUUUCAGCAACCGCAACAAUUCCAAAUUACAACAGCUCCAAUCGUAACGCAAACGAUGGUCACCGAAACAAAAAGUAAAAUCUUGAAAUUAACAUUCGGCGCGAAAACAGCGUACACAACACUUUUUUCGACGAACGUUGUUCCAACCAUUUUAACCACAUAUGUAACACAAUCCUUACCGAUCGUUCAACCAACGGCCGCCGCAUUUCCCGGCUACUUCCCAGCUCCGUACGCACAAUUUCCCUUUGUCGGUUAAUCAUAUUCAAUUACUGUAGUCAGUUUCGAGAGAAAGAGGAGUGAACGAGUGAGGAGGAGAGCGAGAGAAAGAGAGAGACGGUGCAGAGUUAGUAGUAUAGGCUAAGCAUAUUUGCAAUCAAAUCCUGUCACUAAAUUAUGUUCACACAAAUUAGAAGUGCAACAGCAGAAUCAUCACAAUACCGGCUUAACUGCAUACAACAUACACACAAUCACCAAAUUCAACCCGUAUACAAUGUUGCCGACGACUGUCUCCAACACACAUCACUAUCUGAUGUAACUACAACUCAUAUUUCAUGUCAAAUUGCACAUACCAAACACAUGGCAAUUUACAAUAUCAAAUAAUUUUGAAGAAAAAAAAAGAAUCGAAAUGAUUGACAUGUAAUGUUUGCUGUCCAUGAAACUAGAUUAUAAGAGAAUAACAACUCCAACUCACACCCUCGAAUAUUGUAAUUCAUUAUGUCAUUUUGACUUUGAAAAACCAAACGACGCAAUCUCAAACUGGUUAAAAACGUUAAACAGGAAAAUAAUUAGGAAUCUCAAACAAUUGCCGAAUUAUUCACUGCAACAACCACAACAAGAAAAAAGGAAGUCAGAUGCCAAAAACCUGCUUCUGUUUACCCAUUUUUUCAUCUUCUGCAUCACGACUUUCCAUUGUCCUGUUCCCCGUUCACAUUAAACUGGAAAAUUACGAAUGCAAACUUUUUGUUUUACGUGCGAGUUUCGUGCACCGAAAUUUCAAUUCCUAUUUGAAUAGUAAUUUGUCACUGAAUAAAUUUAUCAUUCCACCGUAAGCUCUAUUGUAACGCUGGGCUUAGAAAGAGAAAGAGAGAAAACGGAAAAGUGAAAAAGUUCGAGGGAAAAGAGAAAGAGAGAGAUUGCGCGCGAGCAAGGUAAUGGAAAAGCAAAAGAGUCGUGUGGUGGUUUGCGAAUCCAUUUUUAUUUCCCUUUUUCAUUUCAUUUCGCAAAAUUUCCUUUAGAUAUAUUUUAAGUGUAAAUAAAAUAGAUAUAUGGGGUGCUUUUUGGUGCUAUAUUUUCGAAUCUGUACUUAUUUUUUUGUUCUGUUCUCCCUAUAACUUUUCCCUAUUUUUCGAUGAGUACAUGCAGUUUAUUUGUUAGUCGUACACAAUAUUAUGUGGAAGUAAUAGCGCGCGGCGUAAAGAGGAAAUUUAGCGAAAAGCAUUGAAAACGAUUUAGCAUUAAUAUUGUGACAGUGAAAUGCACAUAAACGUACGAGAAACAAAAAAAAACGAAUCAAAUAAUCUGAAAAGUUUUUUUUUCGCCAGCCCAAAAAAUGUUGUAUGUUUACUUCUCGUUUCGUUUUGGAUCGUCCUUUCGCAUUCACCGUUAUACACAAGGCAUAAGCAUACGCUCGAUUGUCUUAGUAUUUUUGUUGCGUGUGUGCGAUGAAUGAAAAGAGAUGUUUUGCGUUCCAUUCAAGCAUUGCGCUACAUUGUCUCUCUGCAUUGCUAUACACAUACUCGUAGUCACUCCAUUUGUUUAUUCGGCAAAAAAAAUUCGUUCAGUUUUGCGCUCUCGCUCUCUCUCUAUCUCUCUCUCAUCGCACAUCAAAUUAUAGCAUCGGAUUUUCUACAUGUUGCUGAUGGUUGUCUUUCUCUCAUUCUUUCUGCUCGUCAGCUUAUGUGUGAGUGUGUGUGUGUGUGUCGUUCAUAUUCUCACUCUCGUCAAAUAUGUGUUGUUUUUCUUCUCAUCUCUAGCGUGUCGCACUAUUCCAUCGCAAUAUUUUCCACUCGUAUUGACAACACAAAGUGAAAUUCAAUGAGCUGAAAACAAUUAAGCAUCCGCACAUUCUUGUACACGAAUCGCGUAGACAACAUCAACCAACCGAAUGAGACGAAAAGAAAAGGCAAUGUGCUCUGCGCGUACAAACAUAACGAAAUGAAUUUUGAUUUAAUAUUAUCGUUCUUAUUAUGUUAAACGAUUGAGUUCACAGUCAGUCUUUCACACUUCAUAUAAGGCAUAAAUCCAUAUAUUGUUAUGAAAAUACAUUGCCGGUCGGGUAUGCAUCGAGGCCAAAAAAAACAGCUCAUUGUUUACUCAUGUCAUAUCGUAUUUUUUUUUCCUUCAUUUUUUCCACGCCUUAACUUUCACGAAAGUGUUGACAUGCAGCCCAUUUAACCUGAAGACCUUUAACGUUGAAACUUUACAUUUUUGUAAUUGCUAUAGCCCAAACGAUCGACGAAGAGUGAGCGAGAUAGAGAAAAAAAAUCAAUUAAAUAAUGCAUGUAUUAAAAGUUAACAUUUCUCGAUCAUUUCCACUUGCUGAACUGGCAAAAUCGAUUUCCAUCGAAAUUGUGCGCGCCAUCAAUGUUGCCGUGAAUACGUGCUGUGAAAAGUGUAUUCACACACACACACACACACAUACACACAUCCCUGUCCGCCUGCACCCAUUUACAAAUAACUCCCCGUUUCGUCGUCUACAUCGCUACUCGGCACUCAUUCAUAGCAAACAAACGCCAUUAUUUUUAUGAUGCGCUCCUGAGGCGAAAGAAAACACAGUAACAUCGACAAAGCAUUUUGCAAUGAUGGAAAAUAGCGGCUGGAUUUAUACAGCAAAUACACGCUGAACGUGCAAUCACUAGAGAGAGAGAGAGAGAGAGAGAGCGAGAGAAAGAGCGCAUGCAAGAGAGCGAAAGAGUAAGAAAGACGUUAUGAAACAGCAAUUUAAAAGUGACAAAAACAGCAGUAACAAUUUCCAGCGCGAAAAAAACACCGCCGAAUAAACAAACGAGAGUGUGUGUGUGUGACGAGAGAAAGAGUGAGAAGAGAAAAAAACCCAAACGAAUCUAAUCGUUUAAAUGUCUUCCACUAACUUUUUCUCUGUCAGCAAUGCCACUUUGUGCAGGCGAUCGUCAUGCUCGUGCAACACACAAUAAUUUUGCUCUAGGUUCUUUCCUUUUUAUUUCUUCUAUUCCGUAGCAUAAUCAACAAAAUUAUCCAUUUGAUCAAAUCGAAUAAUUACUAUGAUAUCCUUUAUUUUUAUUUAAGAAUUAAUGAUUGUAGAGAUGUUAAGUGCAUACGUAUUUUAGUUUUAAAUUAUUAUUUCUGUUUUUUUUUUCUUUACUUGAUUUGUUCGCCGUUUGCUUCUAAUGCCAUCGAUGAUGAUUUGGUAGAAAGCGAAGCAGCCGCAUUUAUUUCCAGCCAAUGCUCAAAUCAAUUUGGAUUAAGCAACAAUGCACAUACAAUACAAGGAAUGUUGGUAGCAUAAUGUGCCAACCAGCUAAUGUGCUGUGUGUAUAUGUUGAAAUUUGCGUGCGAGACAAUGGAAGAAAGAGUGCGAGUGGGAAUGAGAAUGAGAAAGAACGUAACGCUCGAAUUGAACGGAAGCAGAAAUUUGUUGAUAGAAAAUUGAACCAUCACAGUGGAAAAUACGUGAUGAAUUUUUGUUAGAGCCUGCCUGCUUGACGCCGUGUUGUUGCCACACACACAGAGAGAGAGAGAGAGAGAGAGAGAGAGAGAUACACUCCGUCUAAUCGACAAAUGGCUUCUAACUUACACACUAACGGCUGGCACUUGCACUUCACUUCCUUCCUUUUCUCUUUUUUCUUCGUUGCUUCUUUCUCUCAUUUCCCACAUUCAAUCUUCAGCACUUCUCAACCCGCGUGCAGCACCGCAAAAAAUUCACAUCGCAGCGAAUAGGCAGAAUGCCUACUUUUAGCCUAAUAAUAAAAAUAGACGGUGUGUUGCGUAGAGACACAAUAGAAUAACUAAAUAGCCUUUUAGUUCAACUACAUAUGUAAGCUAACAACGCGUAUGGAGAAUUGAAUAGACGCGAAAAGAAAUUCACGUAAAAUUAUUCCAUUGACGCCGGUGUCAUUAAUCAUUUUUAUUAUUCCAAUUCGAGAGUGAGAGUGUGUGUGUGUGUGUGUGUGGGUAUUGGAGCAUUUUUUGUUUUAUUUUACAUGAACGCAUAUUUUCGCUGUGAAAUUUUCGUUUCGUUUAUUAUUGGGGCGCGUCGGUUGUUCGGUUUAUUGCAGAAUAUUCGGCUCUCGUUGUAAUGAAUGACGCGCGAUAAGGAGUAGAUUGUGAGGGAAAGGGAGAGUGGAAAGGGCAAAAACAGCUUCGAAGCUAUAAACUAUAUGUUUGAAAAUGAUGACCGAAUGGCUCAGCCAAAAUCCCAUAAGAAGAGAAUGGGAGAAUAAACAUAAAAUCAACUGUGUGUCUGUUCUUUUCCUUCUUUCUCUCUCUGUGUGCACUUUUUUUUAUUAAAAGUUAUUCGAAUUGUAAAAUUUUCUUAAAAUCCCAUAAUGCCAAACACAUUUUACACUCUUUCCGACCUGUCAAGUACACACAAAUUUAUGGCCUGAUUCGUCUAAAUUCACCGAAAAUCGAAUUUUUGGCUGUGCCAAGCCGAACUACAGACACACAUACAUACAUAUACACGAAUUAUACACCCCAAAUACGAGCAAGCAGUAGAGAAAUAAAGAAAGCAAGAAAAAAUAUACAUCUUUACUUGACGUAUUUUCCAACGGAAAUGAAGCUCUAAAUUAAGUUUUGUACAUUUUAGAUAAUAACUUAACUAAAUUGUGUCCUUUUUUUACGAAUAAUAAAUAAAAUUUAAGCAUAAAA